AUGGAAGCAAUUAACAAGGAAAUAACAGUUCAUCAUCUUCCAGACGAAAUAGUUGCAAAAAUCCUAAGCUUUCUAAAUGUUAAGUCAUUAAAAGCUGCUGCACUUACAUGCAAAAAAUGGAAUGAAAUAUCCUCCAGAAUGGAUUGGAAAUUGAUCUUGAAAUUUGGAAGCAAAAAAGAAAUUGAAGAGCCAUGGGUUGAUGUCAUCUUUAAAAGUAACAGAAAUUUCAAGUCAAUUCGGUGUGUUAACUACAUUGAGAUGAGAAACAUUCGAUUAAUGAAAAUUUUUGAAAAACAUGGAGGCAGAAUUCAGAAAUUAGUUAUGGAUAGUGGAGAAUUCCGCAAUUUCAUUAUAUUUUGUGAUAUAUUGAGUUUCAUGCCGAAUUUGAAAGAAGUCAGCAUAAUGAAUUCAAAUACUCGAGGUAGAUUCGCAAACAAUUUCUUCGAAGAUCAUUUGCCUCAUCUUCAAAAAUUAGGAAGACUAAAGUUAGUUCGAAGUGAUUUUGAAUUGAUGAAGUAUUUUAAAAAGACCCAAAUCAAUUCAUUUGAAAUAUGUCCUAAGAAUCACAGCAAGGAGCAUGAUGUGCAGAUAUUUUUGGACUUUCUGACCAAUCAAAAUAAUUUAAAAUGUCUUAUGUUACAAUAUUCUGGACAUUUCCUUGUUGAACUCUUCAGAAUUCCUAUUGCUACUGUAAACAUUCCCUUUAAAUUGAAGGAACUUUACUUGUCUCCUUAUUACAAUUAUGAAACGCUCGAUCACUCUAACUUCAUGAAUUUUCUGGAAUUCCAUUCGGAUACAGUUGAAAAGUUGGAAAUUGGUUACUCAUUGCCCGAUUUCGUCUUUGAAUUUAUUUUUGCAAAAUCUAGACGACUUACUUCAUUGACAUUCUUUAGUGGAGAAUUUCCCAAUGACCUGUCUCUAUAUGAGCGACUUGAAGUCAAUCCAAAUAUUAAAAUACUAGAUGUUUCUAACGUUAUAGACACAAGCGAAGAUGCUUUAAAAGAAUUUUUUAAGCACGUUCCUAAUGUUGAAAUGUUGAGAGCAGGUUAUCCUACCGAUUUGCAUAUAGUUUCAAAUGUGUUAACACGUUUGACACAUUUAGAACUUUGUGAAUAUUCUCCUAAUGUAAACCAGAUAAAAUCGCAAAGCCUACAAUCAAUUACCAUAGGUGGUUUGGAUGUUAUCCCUGACUGGAAAGAAUUUGCAGCCGACAAUCCGAAUUUGUUGACAAGCAUGAAACUGCAUCAUUUGGAUCUACCAGUGAUCAGAGUUGAUGCCAAAGUCUGCAAAGCUUUACGCGAGAACACUAAACAUAUGAAAUCGUUGCGCAUCAAUAAAGAAAGUUUUGCAAAUUGUCAAGAAAGUUUUACCGAUAUGCAUAAUUUUCAAGUGAAGAAAUGUGCUAUGAAACUUGAAAUUACAAUAUCUAACUAA